AUGGGCGCUUCUGUCCACGAUCGCUCCCGCUACCGGUCCGGGUGGAGCUGCUUGCAUCUUGCGGUCCACUUUGCAGCCUUCUGGGGAAGCAACGUUGAACGUAACGCGAUCAUCUAUUUAGUCCGACGGGGUGCGGACGUACGUGCCAAAUGCGACCGUGGCACCAGUGUGACGGACGUUGCAAACGUUACAAAAGGGAGCAUGAGGGCGGGAAGCUAUACUCGGGACCUCUGGGAUGCCGUGCUCGCCGCGUGCGGGUAUGACCUCCACGAGUUUCCCAGAGACUAUCCAUAUCGCCCACGAUGGGGAUCUGGGCCGGGAAAAAGCUACGGCAUGAGCGAUCUUCAGAGGUUGUGGAAAGGCAAGGAGUAUCUUUGCCCGUACUCUUUUUGCUCUGAGUGCCCGUCGUCGGGAAUCGAUUACGACCAUGAGUUGCGUCACAUCUUACAAGAUGAGAGUCCUUGGGUGGGCGAGCGUCAGAAGGCGCUGGCGGAGUCACGGCAUAGGGAGCUAGUUACGGACUAA